AUGCUGCUCCCUGCGUGGUCCGUCGUCAACCAUGAGUGCGAGUGUAGGGCUAGCGGUAGGCUGCUAGCCUGUGAGGAGAGCGUGUUGUCCGCGGCCUCGCUGGGCCAGAAAGUCGGCCCCGAGUGCCAGCAGCAGCCUCGCAAGGCGGCAAAGGGUGGCAAGGGCGGCGGCAAGGGCGGUGGCAAGGGUUGUGGCCGUGUGGCGCACCAGACCCACUUUGCGCCGCCGCCCUCAACGCCCGAUACUCGGUUGAGCCGGCGGAGCGACGGCGGCAGAGUUGCGGCCGCCGGCGACCUCACACGGCGUCGAGCGCCGUAG